ACAGCCAGAAAGCCGAGUCUGUGGUUUGGGGUGGGGCUGUUGAGGGCGGGCUCCUGACCCUUAAGCAGAGCAAGGAGAACACGUGGAAAUACCUCUGGGACCUCGAGGGUUCAUAGCAGGAACUGGACCAAAACAAAAUGACUACGCAGUCAUUCGAUUUUACAGGCCGUGUUGAAGGGGGUGGGCAACACUGCAAACUGGGUGUCUCAGGAUGGCGAAGGCAGCCUCAGCCUGGUGGCUUCUGGGCUGAGGUUAGGGGCGGGGCAGGAACCCCCACACUCCCAUCCCGCCUUGGGAGUGGGAGGCGAGCCGCGGAGUCUGGGGGCACCUGGGCUCUCUCAGGACGCUUUGGGGGCUUUGGCCGCCCAUUCCGGUACCCUGCCUGCCGACUGAAGAGAAUCCCUUAACGCGGGUGACAAACCAAGGGCCGGGACCGCAAAACUGAGGCGCGGCAGCCCGCAGGGCACUGUGGGUAGCGAUUUUCCCCCGGCCAGUGCCCGAGAUAUUUCCGGGUACCAAGCCCUGCCCCCGUGUCUCAUUGGUUUGGGCCGCUCCCACGCGCCUGAGUGACAACCGAGCACGCGGGCGGGGCGCCGCCAUCGCUUCCGCCGGGCAAUGGGGCCGCGCGUGCUGCUACGGCCGCUCCCGGCGCUGCUGCUGCUACUGCCGGCGCUGCUGCUGCUGUUGUGCGGGGCUAAGGAGGUCGCGUCCCCGCCGCCGCGUCCCACGCAGCCUACUCUUUCGCCGCCGCCCGCCAUAACGAACGGGAGUCAGCCGGGCGCGCUGCACAACCGUACGCACGCGCGUUCCCCAGGGCCGCCGGGCUCACCGCUGCUGCGCUCCUUGUACGUGCUCACGGGCCUCUGCGGCCUGGCCGCGCUCUACUUCCUUAUCCGGGCGUUCAGGUUGAAGAAGCCCCAGAGGAGGAGGUAUGGCCUCUUGGCCAACACCGAGGACCCUGCUGAGAUGACUUCAAUGGACAGUGAGGAGGAGACACUCUUUGAGGCCAGGAAUCUAAGAUGAUGCUGAGGUGAGGGAGGCGAUGUUUCCAGAGGCAACAGCGGAAGGACAGAGUUGGCACCCACUACAGGGGCCAGCACACCUGACCUGUUUUGCUGGAACCUAUGCUGCCACCUGCCUGCUUGCCCUUUUUGACCCUCUGCCUGGACAGUGUGGCCUCCCUAACAUUUCAAGUGGAAGCUGGAGGAGCCUUGACAGCCACUGCCCAGGGCGCUGAGGCCCCUUUGAUGGACCGUGACUUGUACCACACCCUGUCCCCUGUGGGCAGGAGACCCAAGGGGCCUAUCUGGCAGCACCUUCCCCCUGGGCUGGGAGCAAUAAACAGUGUU